UCGCGACCAACAAGAAAUUCAGUUCAUUCGCGAGUGUUGGUCCGACACCAGGGCCACUUUCUUCCGAAUAGCACACGCUGCCAUUCGGUCGAUGCUGUCGGAAUAAGAAGUAUUACUUAGAAUUUAUGUAAAAAUAGCUACACGACCGGUCAGUUGUCGUUUAAUACGCGUUUUGUCUCAAGUCUGAAGUUUUUUUCUGAAUUAAUUCUAAAUUUUAAAGGUGUGGGCAAAUAGCUUUAAAUAGAAUUACAGUGUUUCUUUUUGGGGUAAUUAUUUUUUUUUUUUUUUGGCGCAUACGACUGUGCCAGUUUUAAAUUAAAAAUCGCAUCGAAAUCAUGCAUAGUAACCACGUGUGUCUAACCGUCAUGGCGGUCGCCAUGCUGCAAUUGGUACCGGCCCCGGUACAAUCCACCAUCGUACUGACCCACACAAAAUCGGAGAACAGUUCAACUUACAACGGAAUGAAAAUCAAUAAGCAUCCCGGAGAAGAUUCUGAUGAUCAAGAAACAGCGGCAUCACAUUGGACUCCUGAUGGAAUUAUAAACGAUGAUUCCGCUGCUUAUGUUGCACCAGAAGAUUAUUUCUCAGCUGCUCAUGGUCUGGUUCAGACUCACCCAGCCACAUUCAAUGGUUUCGGAAGUAUUUCUGAGGCAUCACACGUAAAUGUACCACCAUUAGGAUACUCUUCUUUAGAUUUCGAUAAAAGAGGUUUAGAAGAGUUGCGUAAAAACCCUGAAUUAUCAUCACCCGAAGAAUGCGCUAGGGCUUGCCGGGAGGGAGAUCCACCUAAAAUAUGUUAUUACCAUUUUACGGCUGAACUUUACGAUGUACUGGGAGCAGCUUGUCAAGUUUGUACACCAAACGCUACCAACACUUUAUGGAGUCAAUGUCAAUGUAUUUUAGCUGACGGAGUUGAAAGAGGAAUGUUAUCAAUCAACCGUAUGUUGCCCGGUCCAAGCAUACAGGUCUGUGAAGGAGACAAAGUAGUUAUUGAUACCUUGAAUAAAAUGCAAGGUAUGGAUUUGGUAAUUCAUUGGCAUGGUAUUCACCAGCGAGGUACCCAAUACUAUGACGGUGUACCUUAUGUUACCCAAUGUCCAAUUCAUGAAGGUAAUACGUUUAGAUAUCAAUUCAAUGCAAAUGCUGGUACUCACUUUUGGCACUCCCAUUCCGGUCUACAGAAAAUUGAUGGUAUUUACGGCAGUAUCGUAGUACGUCAACCACCAUCACAUGAUCCAAACAGUCAUCUUUACGAUUAUGAUUUGACUACUCAUGUAGUAUUAUUGUCUGAUUGGCUUCACGAAUAUGCUAUAGAAAGAUUCCCUGGUAGAUUGGCUGCUAACACUGGACAAGAUCCAGAAUCAUUGUUGAUCAACGGCAAAGGACAAUUCACCGACCGUAAUACUGGGUUCAGCACCAACACGCCAUUAGAGACGUUCACCGUUACACCCGGUAGAAGGUAUAGAUUCCGUAUGAUCAAUUCUUUAGCAUCAGUUUGUCCAGUUCAACUUACCAUUCAAGGACAUCCUUUAGUACUUAUUGCUGCAGAUGGAGAGCCCAUCCAACCAGUGGUCGUAAACACUAUUAUUUCAUUUUCAGGUGAAAGAUACGAUUUCAUUAUUAAUGCUGAACAACCUGUGGGAGCAUAUUGGAUUCAAGUCCGAGCACUCGGAGAAUGUGGUAUUAAACGUGUCCAACAAGUGGGUAUACUUAGAUACGCUAGAGGUCCAUACGUUCCAAAAUCUGAUAGACCAAGUUAUGAUGUCGGUUUACCACAAGGAGUUGUAUUGAAUCCAUUGGAUGCCAUAUGUGAUCGCCCAAGAAAGGACGCCGUCUGUGUAAACCAAUUGAAAAAUGCUAAAGUAGUUGAUAAGGGUCUAUUACAAGAAAGACCAGAUGUCAAAAUUUUCUUACCAUUCAAAUUUUUGAUUUACACACCUGAAGAGCUUUUCCAACCUAAUCAAUAUAACAAUUAUUUAGUUGCUCCUGGUGGUGGAGAUCAUGUUAUCAGUUUGAUUGAUGAAAUAUCUCACAAGUCUCCAGCAUCCCCUAUGCUUUCUCAGAUCGAUGAUAUUCCACCAGAAUCUUUCUGUAACGGAGACAAUAAGCCACCAAACUGUGGUAGAAAUUGCAUGUGCACACACAAAGUAGACAUCCCAAUGCAUGCGGUUGUAGAAGUCGUUCUUGUCGAUGAAGUCCAACAACCCAACUUAAGUCAUCCAUUCCAUUUGCACGGUUAUUCAUUCAAUGUCAUUGGUAUGGGACGUUCACCUGACAAAAAUGUAAAGAAAAUCAAUUUAAAACAUGCUUUAGAUUUGGAUAGGAGAGGUCUUCUUGACAGACACUUCAACUUACCACCAUCAAAGGAUACCAUUGCUGUACCUAACAAUGGUUAUGUAGUCUUCAGGUUUAGAGCUGACAAUCCAGGUUACUGGUUAUUCCAUUGCCAUUUCUUAUUCCAUAUCGUAAUUGGAAUGAAUCUGGUACUCCAUGUUGGAACUCACGCUGACUUACCUCCAGUACCUGAAAAUUUCCCAAGAUGUGGAGAUUUCUUAUCACCUGUCAGUUUUCCUGGUCACUGACAAUAAAAUAUACCAUUUUAAUGUUAGUCCAAAUCAAGUGCUCAUAAUAUAAAUAAAUGAAUACCACAAAUAAAAAUAUAAAAUGAAAAAGUCUAAACAAAAUUUAUUUGUUUUUUAUAUCUAUAUUUAUUUCAUUAUAUUUUUUUAAUUUUGCUUAGUAUAUAUAUAUAUAUAUAUGUUUAUUUGUGCUUGUAAUUAAUAUUUUAGAACUUUAUAUUAUUUUACUACCUUAAGAUAACGUGUUAUGCCAUAACCGAAUUAUAUUAUUUAUAUGUUAUUAUCAUUUAGUCACUUUCCAAUUUUUUUUGUAACAUUCACUUUGUCUAAGUCAUUUCUUAAUCAGAUAAAGUCUUACCAAAGCCAAAAGUUUGAACAACCAACUAUAUUGUCUUGCCUCAUUAUUAUAUUUGUAAUUGUUUAUGUAAAUUCACCAAAGCUUGCCAAUACGAAUAUUUAAAGACAAUGUGAUUAUUUAUAGAUAAAUAUCAUAAUAAAAUGUUUACUUUAUAUUAUUAUAUAAUAUUUUGUCUAAUACAUCAUGUACAUAAUGUUCUAUAAUACUUAGAUUUUAGAUAAUUAAAAUUAUAUUAUUAAAAUUAUUUUCAUUGUAUAAAUUAUAAUAAAUGUUUUGUUUCGUCGUGAGAAAAUUAGUGGGGCCAUACAAUUGUUGUAUUGUUCUGAAACAAUCAUAUCACCUUAUUUACCUAAAAAUGUUAAAAGAAAAUUGAAAAAAAAUAUGUACCUAUUUUUAUACUUUCAUUUGAAGACAUAUACAUAUAUUAUAAAAUAACAACAUUUAAUAGGUACUUCUGUGGUAUAAGCACAAUAUUAAUUUGCAAAUUGUUAUAUUGUACGUUAUAAUAUUUUCAAAAUGUUUGUAUCUAUUUAAAAUAAUCAAAAUAGAAGUACAAUACAUAGACAUCAUUUAUUUA